AUGUCUCAAGCAUCAGGAAAGAAGGAUUCAGUCAAGGCGAAGGUUGAAAUAACUCCACUUGGUGGGAAAUGCAUGGGUCUCAAGAGUGGUUCUUCGAAGAAAGAUUAUGUGAAGAAGAAGGCCAGAACUCCUGCAAGGAAGGCUCCCUCAAAUGUUCCUGUCUAUGAGGAUGUCACAAAUGAAGAGGAGGUUUCUGCUGAAAACUCUCCUGUUGGCCCCAAUCAAGAUGUUGUGCCCGAUGCUAGGGCUUCUGAUCCUGAAGAUGUUCAUGAUCAAGAAAUUUCUGGAAAGGAAACAUCUGCUCAUGAAGAUUCAGGGUUACCUACUCAAUCUCAUGGUUCCACUUCCCCUUCAAAAGAAGAAGAACUAGUGUAUGUGUCCAUUGAUGAAUCUCAGUCCAAGGAAUCAAGCAAGGCUCCGGCCUCUGUUCAGAACAUCUCUGAUGAUGAUUCUGAUGAUGUUCCUUUAACUACUUCUCUUCCUGAUAGUGUUGCUGCCAGGAUCAAGAGAAAAAGGAGGGUUCCUGAUGUGGAUGAAUCUCCUGCUCCAAAGAAGAAGUCCAAGACAACCCCAGCAACUUCCAAGUCUAAGCCAGUCGAUGUGAAGGGAAAAGGUAAGCAGAAGGAAGUUAACACCAAGAGUUCCAAGAAGAAGAAGGUUCUUGUUGCUGCUGAGGAGUCUGAGUCAGAUGUUGAGGAGGAUGUCGAGGACAUCUUGCCUUCUGAGAAGAAGAAGUAUGCAGGAAAACGUAUUCCUCAGUGUGUUCCUGAUGUGCGUAUUGAUAAUGUUUCUUUCCAUGCUGAAGGGAAUGUUCAGAAGUGGAAGUUUGUUUGCCAACGUAGGAUUGCUAAGGAGAGGGAAGUUGACUCUGAUGUGCUUGAGUGCAAUGCUGUUGAAUUUGUUGAUGAGGAAUUGUCCUUGGAUGUGAUUGCCAAGGAGAUUACUGCUGGCCAAGUCAAGAAGUGGCCUAUCAAGAAGUUGUUAUCCACUGGAAAUCUGAGUGUGAAGUAUGCAAUCCUUAACAGGAUUGGGGCUGUGAACUGGGUUCCUACCCAACAUACUUUUGGAGUUUCUGCUACUCUUGCCAAGUUGAUCUACAGAAUUGGCACUUCUACUGAUUUUGAUUUUGGCUCCUUUGUGUUUGAGCAGACAUUGAAACAUGCUGACACUUGUGCUAUGAAGCUGCCAGUGUCAUUUCCAUAUCUUCUUACAGAGAUCAUCCUCCAGCAGCAUCCUCAGAUCAUCAAGGCUGAUGAGGUUUCUAUGCCCAAGGGUGUUCCAAUUACCCUGGAUCAUCGUUUGUUCAUGGAGCCGCAUGUCCCAAACAUUGCUGUGCCAUCUAGCCGGACUUCGGCCCCUGCAUCUGAGACUAUCAAGAUCAGCACUGCUAGGAAGUUGAAGGUUGAUGUUUUGCUCCUCAAGCUUCAAGAGGAAGACAGUCCAGGGGGUGAGCCAAGUGGUGCUGCUACUACUACUCAUGAAGCAAGCACUGAAGAAGAGGAAGGAUCUGAAGAGAGUAUAGAGGAAACUGAAGAGGACUCCAGCUCUGAAGAAUGA